AUGGAAGAGUCACCACCGUGGGAAGAGAGGCUCCACCACACCAUAACCCACAUCCUAACCAGCCCGACCACCUCACCGCCGCUCCACUCCCAAUUCCUCGUCGCCCGACAGUUCCCCUGCUACCUCAACUGGGACUACCCUCCAAUCCUCUGCCGCCGCCACGACGGCGACACCGCCGGCCGCCGCUUCCCUUCGCUCCUCCAGCGGUGGGGAUUCUCCCAGUUCGUGAAAAGGGCCUCGCGAUUCGGGCUCCCGGAGACCUCGUGGCGGAGCAAGUGCCCCUACCAGCAGCCGCCGCCGCUGGUUCUGGCGAGAGGGUUGGAGGAGGCGCGGUGGGGCGACGAGGAGAAGAGGGAGUAUUUCAGGAAGAGGCUGCGGAGGAAGAAGAUUUUCAAUAACAUUCACCCUCUGAUUCCCGCCGUUGUUCCCAAUCUGUGUCUGCUGUCGUUCUUGCUCUGGAACCCAUUUCCCGAUGAAGAAUGGUAG